GGGUUAUCGAAAUUCCGGCUUUUAAUAACUAGUGAUUAUUUUCAUUACAGAAGCUUACAAGCGUGCAGAAUGAGCCAAGUGAAGUUGUUGACUGCGGCGUUCAAUAAGAUUCCCCAUUAUGAAGAACAUAUCGUUGUUCAAAAUCUGCCUUUUUCAGUUGAUCCUAUUUUAUUGGAAUCAGAUUAUCAGCUUGUUUUACCACCAUUAGUUGCUGAUAAAUGCACGGUAUCACAACAAAAGUGUGAUUCCACUAACAUACUACAACGUUUAACCUCUCGUCGAAAAGAAAAACAUAAGGACCGGUUGAGACAAUGGCAUGAAAAGCUUUCGGAAAUUAGCCAAGAUAUUGAAAACCAAGUAAAAGAAUGUUGUGAAACUACUGCUGACUUAUUAAAUACUAGCUGGGAAAGACAAAAUCAAAUAUUAAAUGCAAAUCAAUCUGAUGAACAUUUAUUGAACUUGGAAAUAUCUGAUUUAGACUGUAAAUGGAAUCAAGUUGAUCAUGAAUAUAUUCAACGUAGAAAUGAAAUUAAUCAUUUAGAAAAUCAAUUAUAUUCAAUUGAAAAUAAACGGAUUAAUCAAAUAAAACAGGAAUUUCAUGAAUUGACAGAUUAUUUAAGUAAAUAUUCACAUUUAACACCAAAUGAAUUACAAAUUGUAUUACAGAAAGAAAUAUUUACAAUUGAUAUUGAAUUAUUGGAAAAUCGUCGUGAAUUAGCUAAUCUAAUUAAAAAUCUUCAUCUUGCUGAAUUAAUGCAUCAUCGUUUUGCUAAUCUUACAUGGUCUGAACAACGUAAUCGUUGGCAAAUCAUAAAUAUCAAUGAAGCUAUACAUAAUUUUCGAAUUUGUCUUAAUGAUGAGAAAUUCCGGUAUCCUAAUGAUGUCAAAAUAAAGAUAAAUGAUUUAACAACAAACAUAACUGAAUUUGAAAAGCGAAAAGAUAAUCUGAUCAAUGAAUUAUGUGAAAAUUUGGUACCAUCAAAUAAUAUGGAAGAAUUUCUAGAAAAUUGGGAUAUUAAAAUUAAACAGUUAUUUACUGAAUGGGAUGAAAUGAAUCAAAACGCUUUGAAUUCCAUAUACAAAGCUUAUGAAGAUAAUUCACAACAAUGUAUCGAUCAAAUCCAACAGAUGAAAAAUCAAUUGUUACAUCGUAAAUUGAUCAACUCAAUGGAUGAAAUUGAAAAUUUAAUUAAAGAAAAUUGUAUCACCAUUUUAGGUGAAUUACAAAGUCAAUUUGAAAAUAAUUUAAAUUAUCUUGAUCAUUGUUUCUCAUGGUGUUUAUCUAUAUGGUUAAAUGAAUGUAUUCCAUUAUUAUUAAAAUUUAGUCAAAUCCUAAUUCAAUUAUGGCAAUUCUAUGCUCAUCUACCUAUUGUUCAUUUAAAAAAUGAAUUAAAUUUUAAUUUACUUAAUAUAAAACAAGUAGUAUAUGAUGAAAUUUUAAAAAAAGAUGAAUUGAUUAAUUCAUUAAUUGAUUUAUUAAGACAAAGUUCAACAGAACAAAUAAUUAAUGAAAAAUUACAAGAAGUAAUUAAUUUAUUCAAUGAAAUUAGUGUAAAUUACAAAUCACUAUAUGAUAAACAAUUACAAUUUAUAGAUACAUAUGUAAAACAAAUAACCACUGUUAUCGAUUUAUGUGAAACUGCUAUUUGCCGAUUUUUCGGUGUAACCCAUUGUACAAAACAACAAUCUUUACAUCUGGAAAAAAAAAUAAAUCGUCAAACACCAAUCAAUAACAUAGUUACACUUGGAUUUGAAAAAUAUAUUUGUAUACAACAACCACAACAACCACAACCACCAUCACCAUUACCACCACAGCAACAACCAUCACCACAACCACCACCACCACCACCAUCACCAUCACCGCCACAACAACAACAACAACAAUUCGAUGGAAAUGUUUCUAAAUUCAAUCAUAUUUUCUAUUAUAUAAAACAUCAUGAUAUUGCUAUAGAUGAUUUAAUUAAAUUUUUACAAUCAGAAAUGAAAUCUAAUUCUACAUUGAAUAUAUUUAUUGAUUAUUUAAUUAAAAAUAUUCAAUUAACCGGUAUUAUCACUGGUAAUGAAAUGAAUCAUUUGAAUGAAAUCAAUAAUAAUUUAUCAAUUAAAUUCAUUAAAAAAUCAAUAAAAUCAGAGAAUACAAAAACUAAUGAUACUCAAUUAUUGAUUAUCAAUAAUAAUAAUAAUAAUAAUAAUAAUAAUAAUAAUAAUAAUAAUAAUAAUAAUGAAAAUAAACCAAUUACUGUAAAUAAUUAUGUAACCGAUUAUAUUCAACCAAUUAAAAUUGAAAAAUGUUUAAAUCUAAUCAAACAUGUUAAAGCAAUCGUUCGUAUAAAAAUAUUAGAAUAUUUGGAACAAUGGAAGAAUACAACCAUAUUAGCCGUAAAAGAGGAAGUUAUAGUUAGAAAAACUGAAAUAGACGAUGAAUAUCAAUUGCAACUCAAACUGCAUGAACCACGUAUUCGUCGGGUGAAAGAAGAUGUAGCAAAUGUAAGAUUAACUGAAUUAGUUUUCCAUCAAACACGUAUUGAACGUCAUAUAACCUCAGUGAAUUUAAUAUUAAAUGAAAUGAAAAUUAAUUCAACAAAAAGUUUAAUUGAAACAAUAAAUAAGUCUGAAGAACAAAUGAAUGAAGCAAUUCAACAAUCGAUUGAUUCAACCAUUAGUAAAGCAACAAAAUCAUCAACGUAA